AAAUCUCUACUCGGAUUUGUCAAUACUUUCCGUGAACUACUGCUCCGGAAGAACUCUCUCUUGACCUAACCGCGAAGAGGGACUGGACGUUCUUCCGUGUUCUCUUCUCCUAACCAAACGAGCUCCUUCAAAGUAUUCUCAUCAGGCCAACGCAAUCAAAAACAUCAAGCUAAAGAGUAGAGCCGUGGAAGACGAGAAGAGGAAAUCCAGACCACGACAAGCAACUGAAUAACGAGGUAUCCCGUGGACGUCACGAUGAAAAAGCUUCACCCUCAGAAGCACGAUCCCCUCCCCGUUGAACAGGAGGAGUCGGAGAUGCCGUACAUCAAACAGGAGGAGGAGCCAGAGCCCUCCAACAUUAAAGAAGAAAACCAGGAACAUGAAAUCCCCAAGUUUCCAAUGACUGUCAGUGUGAAGAGUGAAGAAGACGAAGUUCCAAGCAAAGAGAGCGGAGUAGCGAAACCUUCGAGCGACAGCUCAUUUCAACACCUGACAACAAAAGGAGAGGCACGAUCGCAACCUGACGGUUUGUUAGCCCCGCUCUCGGACAGUGAAGACGUAACGUCACAGUCUUCUGACUAUAACACCGAUAAGGAGGAUGUUGACGUUGAUGGUUCGAAAUCCUUAAAAAAGUCAUCACUGAAAAGAGAGAGAAAAGAUCGGGCAGGUGGGAAACCUUUUCCAUGCUCACAUUGCGAUUUAAAACUCACCACCAAGCAAAAUUUAAUCAUUCACACACGCGCACACACAGGAGAAAAGCCUUUUGUCUGCACAUUUUGUGGUAAAGGAUUCACCCAGAAGGGAAAUUUAAAUGUUCACAAAAGAAUACACACUGGAGAGAAGCCUUUCAUGUGCUCUCUUUGCGAUAAAAGAUUUUGCACGAAACAAGAGUUAUCAAACCACACGAGUACACACACUGGAGAGAAGCCUUUUGGCUGCACAUUUUGUGGUAAAAGAUUCACCCAGGAGCGAAGUUUAAAACGACACGAAAGAACACACAAGCUUGAUGUAACGACAGACACAAGAACACAUACUGGAGAGAAGCGCUUUCUUUGUACAUUUUGUGGUAAAAGAUUUUGUACAAACCAAGGAUUUGCAAUACACACUCGUAUACACACAGGAGAAAGGCCUUUUGUCUGCACAUUUUGCGGUAAAAGUUUCACCCAGAAGGGAAGUUUAAAUGUACACAAAAGAACACACACUGGAGAGAAGCCUUUCGUCUGCUCUCUUUGCGAUAAAAGAUUUUGUACAAAGUAUGAGUUAACAAUACACACGAGUACACACACUGGAGAGAAGACUUUAGUCUGCACAUUUUGUGGUAAAAGAUUCACCCAGAAGGGAAAUUUAAAACGACACGAAAGAACACACAAGCUUGAUGUAACGACACGUGCAAGAACGCAUACUGGAGAGAAGCGCUUUCUUUGUACAUUUUGUGGUAAAAAAUUUUGUACAAAGCAAGAGUUAACAAAACACACGCAUACGCACUCGGUAAAACCAGAGCCGUAUAAAGAGAGUCACGACACUCUUUAAUGUCGCCGGAGGUGGUCACGUGGUUCCUGUGGGGUGUGGGUAGUUCCAAGCACAAGCAGCGCUGUAGUCGUUUUCAAUGGAACUGACAGCAGCAAUUGGGAUAUUUAUGGGAAAAUGGAUAAAAUCGCAUAUCUAAGUAGUAGUUUGAUUUUGACAUUGCAUUAUAACAUUUAAAUGCUAGUUUUACAUUUGGAGGUGUUAAGGCGACAACUGAAAACUAAACUGUUAGGCAGAAGGGAACUUUCCCAUGUGGAGUGAAAGUUUGUGUUAGCGUUUGCACGAGAAAUCGAAUUUUACAUUGAAAUGCAAGAGGAUUUAGGUUUUUCUUUUUUCACAGCAAGAAUACUGUUUUUCCAGAGAAUGUCUAUAUUUCCUUGAUUCACCUACCUGUAGUAAUAUAUUAAAGAUAACACCAUGUAUAACAUAGUUUGUUAUAAAUGGCACAUCCUAGUUUGUUUCGUCGCGUUGACAUAUUAAAACAAUGCUGUUUCCCGAAAGGUUUGAGGUCACGACUUUUAAAUUCUAUUUUCCACUUUUCUUUAUUGUUGUACUUUUCUAAUGCUUAUUUACACUCACCGGCCACUUUAUUAGGUACACCAUGCUAGUAACGGGUUGGACCCCCUUUUGCCUUCAGAACUGCCUCAAUUCUUCGUGGCAUAGAUUCAACAAGGUACUGGAAGCAUUCCUCAGAGAGUUUUGUCCAUAUUGACAUGAUGGCAUCACACAGUUGGUGCAAAUUUGUCUGCUACACAUCCAUGAAUUGAAUCUCCCGUUCCACCACAUCCCAAAGAUGCUCUAUUGGAUUGAGAUCUGGUGACUGUGGAGGCCAUUUGAGUACAGAGAACUCAUCGUCAUGUUCAAGAAACCAGUCUGAGAUGAUUCCAGCUUUAUAACAUAGCGCAUUAUCCUGCUAAAAGUAGCCAUCAGAAGUUGGGUACGUCUUGGUCAUAAAGGGAUGGACAUGGCCAGCAACAAUACUCAGGUAGGCUGUGGCGUUCCAACGGUGCUAAAUGGGUACCAAGGGGCCCAAAGAGUGCCAAGAAAAUAUUCCCCACACCAUUACACCAACACCACCAGCCUGAAACGUUGAUACAAGGCAGGAUGGAUCCAAGCUUUCAUGUUGUUGACGCCAAAUUCUGACCCUACCAUCCGAAUGUUGCAGCAGAAAUCGAGACUCAUCAGACCAGGCAAUGUUUUUCCAAUCUUUUAUCGUCCAAUUUUGAUGAGCUUGUGCAAAUUGUAGCCUCAGUUUCCUGUUCUUAGCUGAAAGGAGUGGCACCCGGCGUGGUCUUCUGCUGCUGUAGCCCAUCUGCCUCAAAGUUCGACAUACUGUGCGUUCAGAGAUGCUCUUCUGCCUACCUUGGUUGUAACGGGUGGUUAUUUGAGACACUGUUGCCUUUCUAUCAGCUUGAACCAGUCUGGCCAUUCUCCUCUGACCUCAGGCAUCAACAAGGCAUUUCUGCCCACAGAUAUUUUUUCUUUUUCGGACCAUUCUCUGUAAACCCUAGAGAUGGUUGUGCGUGAAAAUCCCAGUAGAUCAGCAGUUUCUGAAUUCGUACAGUUAAUAUUUUUUCACAGCCCAGAAUCCACAAAGUGUGAGAUGGCAUUCCAUACCAUGACUGAAAACCAUCAAAUUCCUACUGGAAAAAUUAUACAGAAAUAAAAUAUCAGCCAUUCCAUCCCAAGACCGUGAUUUUUUAAAUUCUGUGUC